UAGAUACUAAGAACAAUCUGGAGGACAUUUACAGUCUUCUUAGGUUUUUGAAGGUGGAACCAUGGGGAACUUGGGCAUGGUGGAACAAACUCAUUCGAAAACCAUUUGAGGAGGGUGAUGAGAGAGGGUUAAAGUUGGUUCAGUCCAUUUUAAAGUGGAUCAUGUUAAGGAGAACAAAAUUUAGCACUGAUCGAGAAGGCAGGCCAAUUCUCGUUCUUCCUCCAGCUGAUAUUCAGGUUAUCUAUUGUGAACUCACAGAAAGUGAAAAAGACUUCUAUGAGGCCUUGUUUAAAAGAUCCAAGGUGAAAUUUGAUCAAUUUGUUGAGCAAGGGCGGGUUCUUCAUAAUUAUGCUUCCAUAUUGGAGUUACUUUUACGUCUUCGCCAAUGUUGUGAUCAUCCAUUUCUUGUGAUGAGUCGAGGUGAUACACAAGAAUUUUCUGAUUUGAAUAAGCUAGCUAAACGUUUCCUCAAGGGCAGCCACAAACCCAAGAAGGGGAAGCUAAAGAUGAGCCUUCAUGAGCUUAUAUUCAAGAGGUCACGGAAGACCUGCAUAAAGGGGAAAAAGGAGAGUGUCCGAUAUGUCUUGAAGCAUUCGAAGAUGCAGUAUUGACACCUUGUGCUCUCCGCUUAAGCCGGGAAUGCUUAUUGGCAAGCUGGCGAAAUCCUACCUCUGGUUCAUGUCCUGUUUGUAGGAAAAACAUCAGUAGGCAAGAUCUUAUUACUGCCCCAACUGAGAGUCGCUUCCAGAUUGAUGUUGAGAAAAAUUGGGUGGAGUCAUCCAAAGUUGUUGUUCUCUUGCAUGAACUUGAAAAUCUUCGCAUGUCAGGCUCUAAGAGCAUUGUCUUCAGCCAGUGGACUGCCUUUCUUGACCUCCUGCAGAUUCCUCUUUCCCGGAGUAACAUUCCCUCUGUUCGUCUGGAUGGAACACUAAGUCUGCAGCAGCGGGAAAAAGUAUUAAAGCAGUUUUCAGAAGAUAGCAACAUCCUGGUGUUGCUGAUGUCUUUGAAGGCCGGUGGAGUUGGAAUAAAUCUAACGGCAGCUUCCAAUGCCUUUGUCUUGGGAACUGUUGAGGAAAGAAUGGAAGCAGUGCAAGCGCGUAAGCAGCGGAUGAUUUCUGGUGCUUUGACUGAUCAAGAAGUUCGAACUGCACGAAUUGAGGAAUUGAAGAUACUGUUUACUUAGGCCAGUCCAGAAAUUAGAGCUCUUCCCUCACUUGUUAUCUUUCUAUGAGAAUUCUCUUUAGCUCUAAGAGCUCUAGAGAUCAAGGGGUUUAUGACCGCAGCACUGGAACUUGAAGGAAGUUGACUUGAGGCUAUUUACAACAUAUACUUAAUUCAGUUCUUGGAGAGGAUAAUCGGAGGCUGGUUAGAGUUUGUGGCUAUGCAAUUAUCUUGCAUGCUCAUGUAACACAACUGUGGUUG